AUGGCUAUAAAACUCGACCUAUCUAAGGCUUUUGAUAGGAUUGAAUGGAGAUUUCUUCUAGGUGUUCUAAAGGAAUUUGGCUUUGAUAAUAAAUUCUGUGGUUUUAUUGAUCAAUGCAUUUCCACUACCAAUAUAUCUGUUUUGUUGAAUGGAUCUCCUACUCAUUCGUAUACUACUUCUAGAUGUGUUAGACAAGGUGAUCCUUUAUCACCCUAUCUUUUCAUAUUAUGUAUGGAAUAUUUGUAUAGACUCUUAUUGAAUGCUGAGACUAACCAUCUUAUUUCAGGUGUUAAAGCAGCAAGGAAUGCACCAGGUAUUACCCAUUUAAUGUUUGCCGAUGAUAUCCUUAUAUUUGCAAAAGCAGACAUGCACAGUAUUAAUGGUAUUAUGGAGGUUCUUGAUUUUUUUGGCAGAGUUUCUGGUCAAGUUCUUAAUCUAGAUAAAUCUAGUGUUUAUUUCAGUCAUAAUAUUAUCCCUAGUCAUAGAGAGAUUCUAGUUAGAGAACUUAAAAUGACUGAAAUGAAGGAUAAAGAUAAAUAUCUAGGUGUAUCUAUUUUGAUAGGAAGAAACAAAACAAAAGCCUUUAGACCUGUCAUGCAAUCUUUUGGCUGUAGAUUGAAAACUUGGAAAGGGAAGGCUAUGAACCAAUCUGCUAGAACCACCAUGGUAAAGCAUGCUUUAAUUUCUAUGCCAACUUAUCAAAUGAGUAGUUUUAGAAUCCCUAAAACUAUGAUAGAUCAGAUGGAGUCUAUACAAAAACAUUUUUGGUGGGGUCAUAGUGAUAAUAAAGGUCCCCGUCUCAUAGGAUGGAACAAGCUUAGUAUACCAAAAGCAUUAGGUGGUCUUGGCUUUAGAAAUCUGGAGCAUUUCAAUACAACUUUGUUAACUAAAAUAGCUUGGAAAGCUUGUAGUGAAGAUAAUUCUCUUUGUAUGCAGAUUGUCAGAGCUAAAUAUGGCAAAAAUGGUAGUCUUCUUCAUUUAGACAAACUAAAAGAUGAUAGUUCUUGUAUAUGGAGAAAUAUUUACUCCGGGACAGAAAUUGUUCAACAACAUUCUAUGUGGAUAGUUCAAUGUGGAACUAAAAUAAACAUCUGGCUAGAUAAUUGGAUUAUAGGAUUAAAUAGUCCACCUGUCCCUAUCAUGGGUCUUUCUAGCAUUGUUUCUUUUACUCUUGUGUGUGACCUUUUUCUGCCUAAUACUAGAAUUUGGAAUGAGCAACUGAUUCACUCCCUUUUUACUCAUGAAACUGCUACUGCCAUUCUUAGUAUGAAUGUCCCUACAACUGGUGAAGACUACCUUAUUUGGAAACCUGAUAGGGAUAAAAUAGCUAGAUACAAAAAUGAUGUUGAACCUCAUUGUAAUAAAGAAUAUCAAGGGGAUUAUAGCUCUGAAUUAAAUGUAAUCAGAUUCAUGUGUACCAUCUGGUAUAUCUGGAAAGAUAGUUGUAACUUAAUUUUUCAAGAUGUUAAACCAAAUGUUCAGAGCACAGUCAUCAGAAUUCAAAAUUUGGUGCAACAAUGUAAUUUUGCUGUUAGUUCUGUCACCAUAAAUAGGAACAAUAAUAUGGCUAUAAAGAAAUGGAUUCCACUAGAGGAGGGGUUCAUUAAAAUCAAUAUUGAUGCUUCAUAUAUUUUUGAUACAAGAAAAGGUAGCAUUGGUCUAAUUACUCGUGAUUUUGCAGGAAAAGCUUUAGGAGUUCAAGGAUGGAACUUGGAGGAAAAGGUGGAAGCUGAGGUUGGACCUGAACACUUUGAAUGUAAAGCUCUAGUCAAGGCAGUGGAGUGGAUGAAAGAUUUUGGGUUCAAUAAAGUUAUUUUUGAGAUGGACUGCGAAAAUGUGGUGAACUCAAUCUGCAGAGAUGAUCCUCUUGUUUGUUGGUUCAAUCAUCACUUAAUUCUAUCAGUUAAGAAUAAAUUUUUAAGUAAAAGUCUUUGGUUUUGUAAGUCAUUUCAUAGACAAGACAAUAGUGUGGCUCAUGCUCUGGCUAGAAAGGCCAAGAUUGAUAACCAAAAUUUUUCUUUUUAUGCAAACUACCCUCCUGAUAUUAUCAGAUGGGUAGAAGAAGAUUAUGUAGGACAUUGCUCUGGUUAA